AUGAAGAGAUCCCUCUCGACGGCCAUCACCAUCACUGACCCGCUGGUCAAGUACCAGACGGGCGUCGCCUCGGGGCUGUACGCCCCGGACCACGCGCAGCACCGGCUAGCCCGCCACCUGCGCACAAUCUACAUGCGCAUAAAAGACUACUCGCCACAGUACGCCUACCGCGAGAAGCUCCAGCAGGUCGCUCGGCUGACGGAGCGUCGGCCGCCGGCCGAGGACGAGGGCGACGGGAGGGGCAUCCUCGCCCGCAGCAGCCACGCCAUCUGGCGCAACCCGCUCUUCCGCCACCUCAUCCCCACCCCGCAGCAGGACAAGAACAGCCUCGCCCUGACCAGGGUGAUCAACAGCCACGAGACCGCCAUAGAGAUCGACUCGCCCCGGGGCAUCUUCCUGUCGGGCGAGGUAGGCACGGGCAAGUCCAUGCUGCUGGACCUGCUGGCCGACGGGCUACCCACCGAUCGCAAGCGGCGCUGGCACUUCAACACAUUCAUGCUCUACACCCUAUCCCAGCUCGAGUCGUACCGGAAAGACGUGAGCCGCGGCGCGUCGUCGUCGUCAUCAUCGCCGUCGGCGACCUCGGACCACUCGCUCCUCUGGAUGGCCAAGAAGCUCGUCGACGAGUCGCCCAUCCUGUUCCUCGACGAGUUCCAACUACCCGACCGCGCCGCCAGCAAGAUCCUCAGCCACCUCUUCAUCGCCUUCUUCCAGCUGGGCGGCGUCCUGGUUGCCUCGUCGAACCGCAUGCCCGAGGAGCUGGAGAGGGCAACGGGAGCGCACUACGCGCCGCCUCCCCCGUCCAGUGGCGGCGGCUUGGUGGGCAGAGUACUGGAUGCCGUCUCCCGGCCCAGGGGCGCCUUGUACGGCCAGAGCAGUGACUUUGCCAUUUUCCUGCGCGUGCUGAAGGCCAGGUGUGACUUCUGGCAGAUGGAGGGCGCCCAGGACUGGAGGCGCCGCGAGGAGGCCGACAUCCUCAGCGUGGUGAUGAGCGAUACGCAGGGACCGGACUCGGGCUCGGCCGGCUCGGAAGGCACAGCGUCCGCCGCAUCGCGCCGUAAGCGGCCGCGCAACUUCUUCCUGCUCUCCGACGACGAGAGCGCCGAGUGGAACGACCGGGUGCGCCACGCCGUAUCCUGGACCAACCCGGGCCCCGUGCCCUGGGAGCCCUCGUCGUUCGUCGUGUACGGCCGCACGGUGCGAAGCCCAUGGUACCACAACGGGUCCGUUUUCUGGAUCUUCAAGGACCUGGUGGACUCGUUCGGCCCGGCAGACUACAUCACCAUGGCGUCGACGUACCACACCUUCAUCAUCGACGAGGUCCCUGUCCUCACCGUCCUCCAGAAGAACGAGGCCCGACGCUUCAUCACCCUGCUCGACGCGCUGUACGAGGCACGCUGCAAGCUCGUCAUCCGGGCCGAGAACCCCCCGGACGACCUAUUCUUCCCCGACAGGCAGGGCAAGAAGUCGGGCACGACGGCAGCGGGAGCAGGAACCGGAGCCGGAGCCGAAGGUGUAAAAGACGAGAACGAGGACGACGUAACGUACUCGGAGACGAUAGCGGAGGUGUACCAGGACCAGGCCUCGCCCUUCCGCCCCAACGUGUCGUACUACGACACCCCUUCGUCGACCUCGCAGUACAACCCGGACCAGGACUCCGAUUUUGGCCUACAGGGGGUGCACCCCGUCGACUUCAGCAACGCGAGCGCCUUCACGGGCGAGGACGAGCGCUUCGCCUACAAGAGGGCCACGUCGCGCCUGUGGGAGCUGUGCGGGGCGCACUGGCACGCCAGGCAGGGCAGCUGGUGGCAGCCUCUGCCGGUCGAGGCCCGCCACUGGGAAGGGGGGCAGCCGUCGCAACCACGCAGGGGCAUCAUCGAGGGCUUCCCCGAACGCACCUCCGGUGAGGGUAUGGGCGAGAGCAUAGACAUUGACGAGCCGGCUGGCCUGUCCAAGUGGAAGGUUGAGGAGCUCAAGAGGAGCGAUGACGGGCAGCAGCAUCAGUUCCACCAUUAUUAA